AUGAUUGUGCGACACAAACUUCGUGACGCGAUGUGGCACAAGGCAAUUGGUAGCCCAAAUCCCAACAUAGAAAUGAGUUUUGCCAUAGAUUUUAUUAUUGAUCAUCCCAAUGAAGACGAUAGACAUUUAGACAUGGGUUCCAAUUCCUAUAUUUUUCCUUGGGACGAGAAUUACAAUACAACAGAGGACGAAGCACCGACGCCUUCCACCUCACUCCGAAAUGAGAAACCUGAAUUUUCCUCGAUUCCGAAGAAUUCGCCUGAAAUGCCGACUUCUCAGUCACCUAAACCACCAACAAUAAUAAAGUUGGUCCUUCCAAAAACAGCACGUACGCCUCCACCGGCCCAAACCUCACCCAAGACCACCAUUACACCGGAAUCUCAGUCGAAAACGAUCAUAAAUAUACCAGACUCACAACAAGAAGUGACAAAUGUGGUUAAAACCAGUUCCGAGAAACUUAGAAGGAAGCAAGAAUGGGUUAGACGAAUGCGAUUGAAGUUCAGCACUCGACCCGAAUUUGAAAUUACAAGAAACAUCUUACAUCCAGACGGGACAUUAAAUCAAGACUAUUUUCGACCUCCAAAGUCGUUAACUCCUCAGUUGCAACGUAAAUGGACAGAGAAAGAACGUGACCUACUAAUAAAAGGCAUUCAAAAAUACGGCAUCGGCCAUUACAAAGAGAUUUCCGAUGAAUUUUUACUGGAAUGGACUAUGCGUCUCAUAGGCAGGCAGAAUCUACAACUCUAUAAAGAUUGGAAAGGAGAUGUAGACGCGAUAAAAAAAGAGUACGAAAAAAACAAGAGGAUUGGAUUAAAAACGGGAAUGUGGAAGGCUGGCACGUUAGUUUAUGACGAAAAAGGAGUUGUCUUGAAGAUGAUUCAAGAAAUGGAUGAUGAUGGCAGAAAAAGAAAAAGAAAAAAUGAUGAGAGUUUAGAAGACGAAGAGAUGAAUAUAGAAGGACUAUCGACAGUCGAAGACAGCGAUAUGGCGAUAGAAUAA